AUGGUUGUAGCCUGGAUCCUGAAUAGUUUAGAUAGGGAAAUCAGGGAGACUGUGAUGUACACUGAAAGUGCUGAAAAACUUUGGAAGGAGAUUGAGCGUAGAUUUGGUCAAGCUAGUGGAAUUAAGAUUUUUCAGAUUUAUAAGAAAAUUUUCUCGAUUUCCCAAGGUUCUUCAAGCAUUUCAUCAUAUUUUAAAAGAAUUAAAAAGCUUUGGGAUGAGCUUUCUUUCUCUGUAUCAUAUCCUGAUUGUGUUUGUGGCUUCAAGGAGACCUACCAAAGGUUAGAUGAAGAACAGAAGGUUCAUCAAUUUUUAAUGGGUUUGAGCGAAUCAUAUUCCACUAUUAGGAGAAACAUACUUAUGAUGAAGCCUUUACCUGAUGUGGAUAGUGUGUACUCGAUGCUCAUUAAUGAUGAGAGCGAGUCUGGUAUUCAAGCUCAUGUUCCAUCUCUCAAUUCUGAUUUUCUUGCUUUCUAUGCUGGUGUUCAGAAGCCAUACUCUCAGAGAGUUAAUUUUGACUCUCAAAAGGCUAGUUUUGACCCUUCCAGAAAGAACAAUAUUAUUUGUCGAUAUUGCAAGAAGCCUGGUCAUCAGAUUGACAAAUGCUACAAGCUUCAUGGUUAUCCUCCUGGUUUUCAGAUUAAGUUCAAACGGACUGCAGCAUUUGCUCAAGUGUCAGAUUCUCAACCUAUUGGACACUCUGAAAAUUCUGCUGGUGAUACUAAAAUAGUUCAAUCUGAUGGUGGAAACUCCAGUAUAACCAAGGAACAAUUUGAUCAAUUGUUGAGUCUUCUGCAUUCUCGUACUUCUAGGACAUCACAAGAGAUUUCUGUUGGUUCUGCUAACUUUGCAGGUCUGAUAGAUAAUCCUAAUUUCAAAUCCUGUGGUUUGCUUGCUUGCAAUUUUUCUAGGGUAGAAGAUAGUCCUUGGAUCAUAGAUUCAGGGGCAACCCAUCACAUGACCCCACACUCUUCUUUUCUAACUGACAUUAAACCUUUAGUCUUACCUUAUCUUGUCACUUUACCAAAUGGUUAUAAGGGCCCUUCUUUGAAGAAUCCAGUGGCUCUUGGUAGUCUUCAUAAUGGGCUCUACAUCCUCAAUCCUGUAAACCUUGUUGCAUCUGAGUCUACUUUUCAUCCUUCAUUUGUAAAUACCAUUACUGCCUCCACUUUGCAUGAUUUGAAUAAGAGUAGUAGUUCUACUUCUAAUCUUGAAUCUUUAGUUCCAGGACAAUUCAAAAUAUUUAUAUCCUAA